AUGGAACUUAAUUACGAAAAUGCCGACCAAAUUGGUCCAAAUCUACCAAAUUUGGCAGAUUUGAAAAAAUAUUUGCGUGAGGAGAAGCCGCUCUACUACCAAGUGUUGGAGGAGUAUUUGCGAAGGGCGGCACAUUUGAUUAAUGAAUUAGGAGCGAAAUUGGAACGAAGUGAGCGUCAAGCUCACGACGAAGGAAAAGUUGGGGAAAGGCAACGUGAGAAUGAGGAGCAGCUCGUGCUCCACCUCCCCGAGCACCAACAGUGUGAAGAGCAGGAAAUGAUAGAGCCAGUACCGGCACUGGUUCACGAUGAAGUAGAGGGGGUGGAGGAAGACGAAGCAACAGAGUUGCGGCAGGUACCACACGAGCUGUUCCUCAAUGAAGAAGUUAUCGAUGCAGUACCAAGAGCCGCGUUAGUGGUCCGGAGACGCAGAGAAGUGACAAGAACUCGUGAAAUUGUAUUGCGUUCUCGAACGGUACGAGUCCCAAUUGUAGAGGAAAUAGGACACGAAGUGGCACCAGCAAGUCCGCAAGCCUUCCAUGUGCCGGUAGUGGAAGGUUUACCAGCCCACUAUCAAGAGCUGCUGGUUGAACCGGAAAUCGACCCAUAUACAGUAAUUAGAAAUGGCGACGGGUCGGUAAUAAUUGGUUGCGGCAUAUGUCCUAAACAAUUUGGGACUCUAAAGGGAUGGCGAAUCCACGCCGCCAAAAUGCAUACACAGAACGGCUUUUGCCACAAAUGCGGCCAUUUCGUCAAAAUGCCGCAGGUCCGUUCCGCUGAAGAAGUUGCAGCCAUGAUGGAGCUCCAUUCUUUGGAAUGGUGCCCUAAAGCCACGAAGGCUGUGAUCGAUGAUAGAGCUGCAAAGCGGCGAAGGCUCGAGCUGGUGGGUAGAAACGAUGAGGCGGAGCAUUAUUAUAUUCCUGGUAGGUGA